CGCUUAAUCGAUACGGUUCCCGCGACGCGACAGAGCCGCGAGCCUUGGCGCUUCCCUCCCCGUCGCGUUAGAGUGGUGUCAACGUGCGCUUCUUCCUCCCCGAGUGUGACAUUUUUGUGACGAGUUCGAUGACGUUCGAUUUAUUGUGAUUCGAGAGAGUGCGAUGAACGUUGGUCUGUGAUCGCUUGUGGUCUGUGUCGCUAUUUGGGAUUUCAGUGCUACGGGAACCGAGGAUUCGCAGUUUAUAAAGGAUGAAAUAAUUGGCAGCCGGAUGAGCCGAACGGUAACAAAGGAUUAAUCUAGUUCGGUUAACUUUGAGUAUAACAAUUCGUGUUGCAUUGGCGAAGGCAUGGAGUAAACUCAUAACAUUCUGCGAUUACGGUGCUCGAGUGUCUCAAUGAGGAGAUCGCGGCAACCCUUGUGGCCGACCAAUGUUUGACCGCGGAGGAAAAUGGGCCCGAGGAAUCCUCCCGGCAAGACUUCGUCCUCCAGACGUCCAUGGCGCUCAUGAAACGGCUCCUUGUCGACGCUCAAAAUAAAUUCCGAAAAAUGGUGGACGAGAACCGUCAACUGGGCUCGCGGAUCGACGGCGAGAUCCACCAGGCGAACGAGGAGAUGUCGGCCAUCCGCGACGAGCUCUCGCACACCCGCAAGAAGCUCGACGAGCACCUCCACCUCACCAACGGCUCCGCCAACCCCGCCCCCGCGCAGCCGCCCCCGAACCACCCCAACCCCAACCCGGCGCCCCCCGUCCCGGCCCGCAACCGCCCUCCGGCCGCCCGCACCGAUUCCACCCCGGAUCAAGAUCGGAACGGACCGGACGCGAAAUCCGAGCGAAGCCGGACGGAAGCGACGUCGGAACGAGCCGGACCGGAAGUGACGUCAGUGAACGGGACCGGAAGCGGAAAUGGGGAGGACAGGACCGAGUCGAACGGCGACGCGGACAGCGACCAGAGCAAGGACGCGAUCGCGGACUCGGGGUCGUCGCGGAGCACGGCGGACAGCCUGAGCAGCAGCGACGUCAGCGAACCCGCCCUCUCGGCGCCCAGGAGCGAGUCCGAGGGCGCGGCGGCUGCCCCGAACUUCCAGAAGCACCUCCGGGACCAACUCCAGCUGGUCCGACCCGCCUCCCCGACGCCCGGACCAAGUAGCAAAUCGGAUCACGUAGGUGGAUCUAAUCAAAGCAAUGUAGAUAUAGCCAACCUCUCAAACGAUGCUCAAUCCAGCUGUAACGCAAGCACACGUCUCAGAUUGGAAAAUGACCGCCUCAAGAGAGAAGUGGCCGAACUGCGGAAACUAAUUUCCGUGUCUGGUAUAGCAACUGGAAACCUAUGCAAUAGUAUUGACUCAAGUUCAAAAUCACCUGUUGAUUCUGCGAAAUCAUCGAUAGCAGCCAAUGAAGAUCUAAAUGACAGUGAAAAGAUUUCAGCCUUAGAAACAGAGCUCAGUCAAGCCAAGCAAGCGCUAGCAGCUCUGAAAAGUGACCGCAAAAGGCUGAAAGCUGAAAAGUUUGAUCUGCUUAAUCAAAUGAAACAGUUGUAUGGUACUUUGGGUGACAAGGAGAAGGAACUCAGGGAAUUUAUCAGAAGUUUUGAGCAGAGGAUGCGUGAAAGUGAAGAACAAUUAGCACAAGAAAGAGCAGAACGAGAAAGAGAGCGGUGGAGUCUUCUGCGGCACGCAAGAGAUGAAGCAGAGCGUAGUCUAAGUUUGGCUGCACAGCUUGAUCUCAAAGAACAGCUACUUUUAGAGGCUCGCCGGCAGUUGUCUGCGGCAGGUUGCCUCUCUGAUCAAGAGAGUCUUGCCUCAGUAUCGCUAUGUGGAGGAGCCAGUGCCAAAACGGUAAACGGAAUGAGCACCAAUGUUUGCCUGGUCCCUGCAGCGGGAGAUCGUGGCUCUUGUAGUGCUGAUUCUGGUGUUCGCGGUAGCUCAGACAGAGAAUCUGGAGCAACAUCUGCCGGUGGAAAUCUCUCUGACUCCACAACCGAUGGUGCCCCCACAAUCACUAUCGAGCCUAGCACCGGAGAGUUUGACUCGAUAUCACUAGUUUCAUCCAUCGCUCCUCCAAGUUUGUACCAAUCUAUUAUCAAUCCAAAAGACUGCAGUAGUCCAUCCUUAUCUCCAUUAAAUGCUCAUUCAUUCUCUAGAUCUCUGGAUAAUAAUACUUUCUCUCGAUCUGUGGAACAGCUAAAUAGCCCACCUUUAGAAAGUGAACCUGUUCGAAGGAAUAAACUUUUGCGGUCAAGUGGCGGCCGGAGUGGAGUUGGGAGCACAUGGGGUAGUAUUUCUAGGGUGUUUGCCAGAUCAAGACACCGGAAAGUCUCUAGUCCUAGUAGCGUUCAUGAAGUCGUUUCAGAUGUUGGAGACUCGCAUGGAAGGAGCUGGUCUCCGCUAACGGAAGAAGGUUAUGCGGAGAAACUGCGACUGUUACGAGAAGCUGCAUCUGUACCAAUGGAACGAUGGCGAGCACCUACAGUUCUAGCUUGGCUAGAAAUAGCUCUAGGCAUGCCUCAGUACGGUCCUCGCUGUUCCGAAAACAUCAAAUCUGGCAAAGUUUUGCUGGAGCUGAAUGAAAUAGAACUAGAGAACGGUUUGGGCAUAACGCACCCAAUGCACCGGAAAAAGUUGGUCCUUGCCAUUGAAGAGCAUCGACAUCCUUCUCUAGUUCGCUAUCCUUGUAUUGGUCAGUUGGGGCAUACCUGGGUUUCUAGUGAGUGGCUUCCCGAUUUGGGACUAGCUCAGUACUCAGAGAGUUUUGCCGCAAACAUGGUGGAUGCAAGGAUGCUGGACCAUCUAAGUAAAAAAGAACUUGAGAAAUUUUUAGGCGUAACAAGAAAAUUUCAUCAAGCUUCCAUAGUUCACGGGAUUCACCUCCUUCGAAUGAUCAAAUAUGAUAGACAG